CUUUUACUUCUUGUUCCUUGUGCUGCUCCAUCUUGUGGUUCCUAAGGGGACGGGUCACAUUAUACUCUGCCCUUUUGGAGGAUAUAUUCGCCCAACUGGCUCAACCCCACCACACUUUUCCUCCUGCUUAUAAGGAGCUCCUUUCAUGAUAUCUUUCCCAUACCGCCCCUUGACUUCAGUAAUCUUCGGUGAGAAAAACAGCCCAUCUUUUCCCUUGCAUCCUUUUUGCAAGUUUCAACUUACUCACCCUUCCUUUCAAAUUCAGACGCCGACAUAAUUCUUUAACUUUCAGCCUGUCAUUCUCCAGAGCUUGUCACUAAAUCCUCUGAUUUCAUUUGCUGUACUUAGAUUUUCAGUAAUGGCAUCCAAUUCUCUCACUUCUUCCCGUAGCUCUAGCUCCUCCUGGACACCUAAGCAAAACAAAUUGUUCGAGAAGGCUCUGGCUAAAUAUGACCAGGACACUCCUGAUCGCUGGCAUAAUAUUGCUAAGGCUGUGGGAGGAACGUCAGCUGCGGAAGUCAAGCUGCAAUAUGAGAUCCUAGUCAAGGAUCUCAAAGACAUUGAGUCUGGCCGGUACCCAUACCCAUAUCCCAGUGGGAGCAGCAACUAAAGCAGUGAGUAUACAAAACAGAGGUAAUGUGCUGGUUACUUUAUACCACUUAGUAAUGGACCCAAUAAAUAAUCAGCUCACAUCCAAAACCACUUUCCACGAGUAUUUACAACUCUAUUUAUUUUUCAAUAUUUGCAAGUUAUCCACAAGCACUUCAGAUAACCAAGAAGUGAAGGACAAUGUAAAUGAAUGAAUUUCACAUUCCUGAUGAUGUGCUUUCAUUCUUUUUUGUAAUAAAUAAUAGUUUUGCGUUAAAAGAAAAAA